GUUGCUCUGCAGUCCUAAUCAUCUUGUUCACCACCAUGGAGGGUCUACUUUUCAACGUGAACGGCGGCUACAUCGAGGGCAUUGUCCGAGGAUAUCGGAACAGCCUCCUCACCGGCCAGCAUUACAACAACUUGACCCAAUGCGAAACGAUAGAUGAUGUGAAGCUCCAACUUGCCCCCGCGUAUGGCGACUUCCUGGCCUCGCUUCCUCCCAAUCCCUCGACGUCCUCACUAGCCGGCAAGAUGGCCGAUAAGCUAGUCGCCGAGUUCCGCUAUGUCCUUGCCCAGGCCACAGGGUCGACUGCGAAAUUCCUUGAGUACCUGACCUAUGGCUACAUGAUCGACAACAUCGCCCUGCUCAUCACUGGCACCCUCCACGAACGAGACACCCGAGAGCUCCUGGAGCGCUGCCACCCCCUGGGCUGGUUCGAGACGCUGCCAGUGCUGUGCGUUGCCACCAACAUCGAGGAACUGUACAACUCCGUGUUGAUCGAGACACCCCUGGCCGGCUUCUUCAAAGGUAGCCUGAGCCACCAGGACCUGGACGAGCUGAACAUCGAGAUCAUCCGCAACACCCUCUACAAGAACUACCUGGAGAGCUUCUACGAGUUCGUCAACACGGACUCCGACUUCAAGGGCACCCCGACGCAGGAGGUGAUGUCGGAAUUCCUGCAAUUCGAGGCCGAUCGCCGCGCGAUCAACAUCACGUUAAACUCCUUCGGCACGGAGCUCUCCAAGCAGGAGCGUAGAAAGCUCUACCCGGAGUUCGGCAAACUGUACCCCGAGGGCUCGCUGAUGCUGUCCCGCGCCGAUGACUUGGAGGCUGUCACGCUGGCCGUGAGCAUUUCCGCAGACUACAAGGCCUUCUUCGACGCUGUGGGCCUGACGCAGGGUGGUGGUGGUCUUGGGGGAUCGGACGGCAAGAGUCUCGAAGACAUGUUCUACCAGAAGGAGAUGGAGAUGUCCAAGGUUAUCUUCACGCGCCAGUUCACACCCGCCGUGGUGUACGCGUGGAUGAGGUUAAAGGAGCAGGAAAUCCGGAACGUCACCUGGAUCUCGGAGUGUAUUGCCCAGAACCAGAAAGAGAGGAUUGGGAAUUUCAUCUCUGUCUUCUGAGCGCGUUCUACACACUUUUUACUUGUUUCUGCCAAAUAUCUGGUUCUUCUGGGAUGGACUCCUCGUGUACUGUACUGUACUGCUGAUUGCAAAAUAUCUGAUCUUCAUAUCUUGCGUCAAACCACCCCCCUGCCCCCGCCCGCAUACCCACGCCAGCCAGGUUUGUCAUUUUUUACAUCUACGCUUGCUUUGGGCGUUUGGGGUCUUUACUGUUCUUGUGAUAUAUUUUAGUAUAGAUAAGCAGCGUGAGUAUCGAGGUAUCUGUGAU